UAUGUGGAAAAUAAAUAAAGCGCUGCUAAAUGCUCUAUUUUCGGUUUUAUAUUUGUAGGUAGGUAAUUGUUAUAUUUUAUAAAGCAUCUCUGUGAAAAUUACAUCCUAUUUCCCUGAAACGAUGAAUGUGAAGGACAUCUAUCAUCAUUAUAAGGUGCAAAAUAUAGAUAAUUAUAUGGCAAUCAAUUUAAAUAAUAUAUAAAUAGUAGAUGUAAAAUAUUCUCAAACAGUGCGUUACAAUGAACGGUUACAGUUGGUUCCUGGUGUUUUUAUUUAUGAAGAUAGCAGCAGGUGCAGACGAUGCACUACAACCGUGUAUCAAUUUAUUAGUGGCUGAGGAUGACGAAUGCUGCGAUAGUCUUAAAAUCUUCAAAUCACUGGACGAGGCGGAAAAAGAGUGCACUAAAGAUUCUAAAGACAUGACUUGCGAUAACUACAAGUGUAUUUUGGAGAAGAAAGGCCUCCUCAAAGGAGAUAUUCUAGAUGAAGAAGCCACUAAGGUGUUCUUCGCUGCUGUUGCUGAUGAGUAUCCCGGAGAGAAGGGUGUGGUUAAGAAAAUGGAGGAGACCUGCUACAACGGAAAGAACACGGACUUUGACCUUUUGGAUGAAAAUUGUCCUAUACUAAACUUCUACAUUUGCGCCUACGUUAAUGCGCUUUUGGAAUGCACAUCAUGGAAAAGUAUGCCACAUUGUCAAAAAAUCUCCGACGAUGCAAAAACUUGCAAGAUUGAACUCUCAAAACUUUAAAAUAAAAUAAAGCAUUACAAGAAA